AUUUAAAUUCAAAAUAUAAUUGUUUAUAAGAUUUUUUGUUUAACUUGGUCAAUGAGGGACAUGAAAUAGAGACAGUUAGCUGUUUUAAAUAUUUAGGAACACUUAUUGACAGUGGAUUAACAUUUGCUGCAAAUGCAGAGUGCAUUUUGAAAAAAGCAAUGCAGAGAUUAUAUCUCAUUAGGAGGUCACAACAAUUUGGUGUGAGUUAAAAUGUUCUGGAGAUGGUAUACAAGAACUCGGUUGAAAGUGUUGUGAGUUUUAACAUGAUUGCAUGUUAUGGACUGUUGUCCAAUUAAGGAAAAGCAAAAACUGAGUGUAGUAAUAAUUGGCAGUGCAACUGUAGUUAAAACACAAAGACAACCAUAUGAAAUUUACUCAAUGAGAAUUAAACAGAAAGCACACAUCAUUAUUGAAGAUUGUUCCCAUCCCUUAAAUAUCAAAUGUCAGCUCUUGCCAUCAAAAAGAUGUUUUAGGCAACCUCAAGCAAAGAAAAAUGUGUAUCUAAUGUCCUUUGAGUGCCAUUAGAAUUUUAAAAACUGGGUUCUAAGUAUGUAAAAGUUUUUAAAAUGAGCUUUUUAAAAAUGUUUUUAAUAUGUUCUAUGUGAUAACAAUGAGUGUACUCGUGAUGCCUGUUUUUUCUGUGAUGUGUGAAAUGUGAACGUUGAUCUGUUUGUGUGGUGAAGCCAAAGAUGAAUUUCCGCUCGUGGACCAUAAAGUAAAGUAAACUAUUAUUCUCCAGCCUAUAAUUAUACAAGAAAGUGAUUUCACUGCUUUGCUUCAUUGAGUUGUAAUAACCCAUUAUAACAUGUUUGUGUGUGUUUGUAGGAGCAAAAUCUGGUGUAAAAUCAGCACAGCAGACGUGUGUGUUCAUCUGACCUUCAGUCUGUUCGUAUUUCAGCAAGAUGGCAUCAGCUAAGUGCAGUGGCGGUGGAUCUGCAAGUUCUUCAGCCAUCGGCAUAAAGAUCCCACUCUCAGAGCUGUUUGGUAGUGAAGCCACCUCUGAACCACCUAAACUAACCGUCCCAUCUGCCUAUAAAUUAAUUGACGAAUGCCCUUCAAAAAAAAAAAUAAGAACAAAAAAAUCGUACGUAAUGUCAUACAAUGAAAACACCAAGAAUGCCGAAUGGGUGUAUGAGAUAUUAAACAAGGACACUUUAGCCAAAAAGGACAUUGCAAAAGGUAAAUUUAGUGACUAUAGUAAAGUCGCAGGCUACACUCGAGGUCAUCUUGCUGCGGCGAGCAAUCACGGUUGGUGUCAGGAAGCCUAUGAUGAGACUUUUUUGUUCAGCAACAUUUCACCACAGUGUGCUGAGUUAAAUAAACACAUGAUGAACGCUUUAGAGAAAUGGUGUCAAGAAACUGUAACAGACCAGAUCCUUAACGUCCACGUGUACACCGGACCAAUAAUAACAGCAAAUUCGGCAAUCCAAAGACGCAAUGCCUCAGAGAAAGUAGUGCCUGAUUCCUUCUUUAAGGUGAUUAUUAAAGAAAACCGUAAUGGCACAGUGUCAGAGCCGAUCGGCUAUCUGAUUACUAAUGAUGAAACUACAUUAGUGAAGGAUGCUGAAGAUAAAGUGAAGCAUGCGAUGCCAAUAGAUGAAUUUGUGCAAACAAAGUACAAGAAAUCCGUCAGGGAUAUCGAGAGCAUCUCUGGGCUGAAGUUCUGUGAAACGAAUGUUCGGGUGGUCAAUGAGGAGAACAGGAGUGUGACGUGGACAGGAGAAAAUGCAAAAGGAGAAUCACGCACAGUUCACAUAAAAGUCAGAGUAGGAAAACAGUUACAGGGAGGAUCCUGCUGAGCCUGAAGAGCUUAUGACCUCUCAUUAGGUUUGUGUGGAUCAGAUCAUCUGUAGCUGAACAGAAAAAAAAAAAUAUUUGAGUAAAUCUGCAAUGAAUUCACUAGUGGUUAAUAAUUGAAAAGAAAUAUGUGAUUAAACUAAUGAACAUUUACAGGUGUAACAGUAAUAAUUUGGGCACUGAGUGUUUCGCAUAUAUCCAGACUACAGUCAAUAUGUGUGUGCGAUAAUAAGAGGAAGUUUAGUCUGCAUUUAUUCAUUUACAUGUGUUCACAUUUAAUCAUUUAAUCUACAUUAAUUCAUUUGACCCUUAUUCACUUACGUUUAUUCCUGUUUAUUAAUGUACGUUUAACAAUUUACAUUUGUUUAUUUACAUCUAAUCGUGUUAAUUUACAUUUAUUAAU